AUGGGUUUCACUGACUUCGUCUCUGACACCGGCCUGACUCUGGCCAACAACUUCCUGGCCACCCGCAGCUACAUCGUUGGGCUUUCAGCGGCGCUCCCGAUGCUGCCAAGUACCCCCCACGUUGCCCGUUGGUACAAGCACAUCGCCUCCUACGAGGCCGAGUUCUCCACCCUCCCCGGUGAUGCCUCCGCUGCUUUCACUACCUACGGCCCCGAGUCCACUGAGCUCCCGUCCAACCCCAAGGACAAGCCCGAGGAGGAUGACGAGGAGGACCUCUUCGGCUCCGACUCCGAGGAGGAGGAUGCCGCCGUUGCUGAGGAGCGCAACAAGCGUCUCGAGGAGUACAAGGCCAAGAAGGCCGCUAAGGGCCCCAAGCCCGCUGCCAAGUCUCUUGUUACUCUCGAGGUGAAGCCCUGGGACGAUGAGACCGACCUUGCCGAGAUGGAGGCCAACGUCCGCGCCAUUGAGCAGGACGGUCUGGUCUGGGGUGCUUCCAAGCUUGUUGCCGUCGGCUUCGGUAUCAAGAAGCUGCAGAUCAACCUUGUCGUCGAGGACGAGAAGGUCUCCACUGAUGAGCUCCAGCAGCGCAUUGAGGAGGACGAGGACCACGUCCAGUCCACUGACAUUGCUGCCAUGCAGAAGCUGUAA